UCAAAGGACUCUCGGUCUCCCUCCAAGUUUUUUUUGCUGAGCUUGUGUUUUUCGCGACAUGUCGUCGGAGAAUGCUGUACCGGGGAACCCUCUGGCGAAGUUGGACUUUCGGGCGACCAGCGACGAUGCGUGGUAUAGUGUGAUGGUGGAGUUAGACGGCGACUUUAUGAGGCUCCAGUACUGCGGUUUCUCCGAGGAGCACGACCAAGCUUUCAAAGCCAGCGAUUUUAAGAGCUUGAGCGAGGUCGACGACUUCGAGGCCCGGUUCAGACCCAUGUCCGUUCAGGUCCAGGACUCCGAGUGCUACAAAGUCCUCCAAGGCGACGUCGUCUGCACUGCCUUUUCGUUCCAACACGAAGACGUCCGCUUCUACGAUGCCCUCGUCGAGGGGGUUGAACAUCGUGAACAUGCUAGCAAGCAAGGAGAAGAAGAAGAGUGCUUAUGCACUUUUGUCAUUUUAUGGAUACAUGGUCCAAAUGCUGGAAACUUGACUGCUACAUCUGUUGAGAACAUUUGUCAAGUCCAGUCAAGUGCACAAAUAGAUCCCAAAGUGGCUUCUUUUCUUAAUAUAGCCAGGGAGAGAUUUCUACGUAAUGGGGCCCCUGUUUUGAUUUCAAAAAAUGAUGAGAGCCCAAAUAUCAACCACAAGCUGAGUUUUUUUCAAUGUCUCAAGCAGGAAGCAGGCCAUGCCCAGCAGUUCGCGACUACAAUAUCUGAAGCAGGAGGGAUUGGCAAUCAUCCAGAAAGGACUAUAGAUGAAGAUACGGAUUUUGGGGGUGUAGAAAAUCAGCAUGUGAUACUACUUGAGAAUCUUGAUAAAGGCUCAUCUCCCUCAAUUGUUUCGGAGUUCAUUCAUAGAGAAACAUCCAUAUCACCUCAAGUCUAUCUUUUCCUGAAUUUGAAUUCAGAUCCGACGACAAAGGGGGCCCUUAUGUUGGAUUGUGAAAAGAAAUUUCAAGAGCUUAGUGAUUUUCUGGAUAAUCCCAAUCACAUCAUCUUGUCCUCAAGUGGAAGGCCAUGGGUGAUAAUUGAGAAACUGUCAGGGAAUAAUAUACUAGGAGUAAUAUCAGCUGAGAUCCAGAUGGUUAAAUCUCAGAUAAUAUUUCAGAAAGGGUGCAUUGGGAGUACCAAUGAGUUAAAGGUUGUGUAUUUAGGAACUGAAGAAUACCAGAUGGCUAAGCUGCUAAAGGAUAUAUUUGUGGAAUUUUUUAAUCAUCAAAAGCAACUUGGCAAGAGACUAGCUUAUGAUGUUGGAAAGAUCUUGCAGCGACACGAUUCAGUGUAACUGCUGAGAUAGUAUUAGUGCUCAGUUUACUCUUUAUAUUUGCUGAUCAGGCUUUUGUCAAUGUGACAACUCGCAUAGUUUGUCAUACAGAAUCCAUUAUUAAGACGUAGUUGCUUUCGGAGGGAAUCCUGUCCGAUGUACCUUUCCAGAAACCAUCUGGUCACAAAGAAAUGAAAAACAUAGAGAUAAUGUAUUCUAGUUCCCAAAUAUGUUUCGGUACAUACAUUUACAUAGACGAAUGUACUCAACUAAAUGUUAGUAAAGGUAUGUUUUGUAUUUUGUACGUUUUCAGUUCUGUAGUGCUAUUAUGUAAAUAUAGU